UUCUGUUUGUAUAUAUUUUACUAUAUAUUUUUUAAGUUCAAAAGAUGUGACUUUUGCUUUUAAGGCCUUAACUCUGCUUCAAGAUUAUCAUUACUAUAGCAGCGUAUUGAUCUUUGUGAAGGUCAAUAUAAAUGUGCAAAGAACUGUAUCAGCUAUACGAAUUGUAAACGAAAGUAUGUAUAACACAAUGAUGUUUUCUACUGACAUGGCAUAUGAAUAUACCCGAAAAGAUGUGAGGAAAGCUGUUAAAGGGAUCACCGACUCUUAUGAUAUAGUUUUUGAAACCCUGACAUACUUGCAAGAAUUGUAUGAUUUUGCGUUUUUCCAGAUUUUACUGACUGUUGGUCUUUUCUUGAUUUAUCAAUACAAUACUUUUCUCGGCUGUUUUAAAGAAGACUGUCAGCUUUGGAUCAAGAUCAUCCUCGUUUUUUUAUAUAUCCAGCAUAUAGUAAGCAUAUGGGAUACUUACAACAUCAGUAUGUCAAAAUAUAUACAACCUGUUGGAUGAUGGAAUUGACAAGCUAUACAAAAUAUUGUUCAAAUACAAAAUGGAUCUGCCCAGGCACAUAGACGAAACGUCUAUUCAAGAUCUCACCAUGCUACUGAAGUACAUACAUGGCAGAAGUUUUAAACUCACUGCUUUGGGACUGUUCCACAUGGAUAUGAAAAGUUUAUUUGUAAAUCUAGGUCUUGUAGUGACCUAUCAACUCCUCAUACCAAAAAAUUAAAUUAAAAAAAACUAAUUCGAUGAUUUAUGCAGCACGAUUUCGAAAUCACAAUAACAAACUAAUCCUAUGAACUUUGGUGGACGUUAAAAUUAGUAACUCCUAACAAAGGUAAUGCACGAUUUGUAACACACGUUUUCCACGAUUUUAAUAGCGACAGAGCUAUGCUGCGUCAAGUAUGGUUUAGCCUAGUGUACUAGAUUACAACAUCUGUAUUGUCCAUUUUGAAGACUAUGAAAACCUUCAGAUUAAUUGACAGAAGUUACUUGUGAAACAUGUAGUGCUGAGCUGUGCAGGCUGUUAGCGGAUUCAAUGUAUAUCUAGUGAUAGCAACAGAGCUAAACCAUACUUCAUGCAGCUAACCGCAACUGAAUGUGCUAACGCUGUGUGAUGUAUGCCUUAGCCUAGUCCUAGAUGCUAACUGAAUGGACUGCUUUGAGAUUUUAAAAACCUUGAGAUUGAUUCACAGAAGUCACGCAUGUGAAACAGGGUUUGUUAGGUACCAGCAGAUAGUGUGCAAUCUUCAGCAACUGGGAUCAGCCAUACUUUUACAUAGCUCUAGUUCAUAGCAGCUACGUGUAACUGAACAUAACCAUUUUGUUAAACAUAUUAUGUUAUCAGUCCUUAGCUGGCAAAAAUUCCAACUAUAUCUUAAUUAUGUAACUAUAUAUUUGAUAGGGCUCAAAGCUGCGUAAUGACUCAUGUAAAAUGUAUAGCCAUAAUUUUACUACACCUUUUCAUGACCAGGGGCUUGAAAUGAUGACCCCUUAAAAAAAUCUGUUUACGUUGACUGCACAGAAUUUUUAGAAUAAGAAUCUUUUGUUUCUUAUUCCUAACUUGAAACGUCAUCAAACAUCUAACUUUGGCAUUAUUAGGAGUUAGAUUGUUGUAAAUGGCAACACAGGCUAGGUGCUAUGCAUCUAGCAGUGGAAAUAAGCAAAAUUGGAAAAAUUUAAUGGUUUCAAUUUUAAUAAUACCACAGACGUCCAUUGUCAUUUAAUUUAUUGUUGCCAUAAUUAAAAUGAUC